CGGUGCUUCCGCCUGCGCUUGGCCUCGCAGGGCCGCUCGGCGGCGCCCGGGACAGUGGGGAAUCGAUCCCGCAGCCGCUGGCCGCGCGGCCGGACGAGGGAGCGAUGGAGCUGGAGCCCGAGUUGCUGCUGCAGGAGGCCCGCGAGAACGUGGAGGCAGCGCAGAGCUACCGGCGGGAGCUGGGCCAGAGACUGCAGGGGCUGAAGGAGGCGCGGAGGCAGAUCAAAGAGAGUGCAUCACAGACAAGAGAUGUCCUCAAACAGCAUUUUAACGAUUUAAAGGGAACCCUUGGGAAGCUCCUGGAUGAGCGAUUGGUGACCCUUUUGCAAGAGGUGGACAGCAUUGAACAAGAGACCAUUAAGCCGCUAGACGACUGCCAGAAGCUCAUAGAGCACGGAGUUAACACUGCAGCGGACUUGGUCCAAGAAGGUGAAAUCGCCCUUCUUGGUGGUGUCGGAGAACAGAAUGAAAAACUGUGGAACUUCACCCAAAAGGCCUCACACAUUCAGUUGGACAGCUUACCAGAGGUGCCUUUACUGGUCGAUGUGCCUUGUUUAUCUGCUCAGUUGGAUGACUCAGUUCUUAACAUAGUGAAAGACCACAUUUUUAAGCAUGGAACAGUGGCAUCUCGCCCACCAGUACAGAUAGAAGAACUAAUCGAGAAACCUGGAGGCAUAAUUGUGCGAUGGUGUAAGGUGGAUGACGAGUUUAUAGCCCAAGAUUACAGGCUCCAGUUCCGUAAAUGUACUUCGAAUCACUUUGAGGACGUGUAUGUAGGCUCUGAAACUGAAUUCAUAGUAUUGCACAUAGACCCCAAUGUUGAAUACCAGUUCAGAGUCUGCGCCCGAGGAGAUGGCCGACAGGAGUGGAGUCCUUGGAGCGUCCCCCAGAUAGGUCAUUCCACACUGGUGCCUCAUGAGUGGACAGCUGGCUUUGAGGGGUACAGUCUGAGCAGUCGAAGAAAUAUAGCACUCCGGAAUGAUUCUGAAUCCUCAGGUGUUCUCUACUCCAGCGCUCCAACCUAUUUCUGUGGGCAGACGUUAACAUUCAGAGUUGAAACUGUGGGACAACCUGACAAAAGAGACAGUAUAGGAGUGUGUGCAGAAAAACAGAAUGGAUAUGACUCUCUGCAGCGGGACCAAGCGGUGUGCAUCAGUACAAACGGUGCAGUUUUUGUAAAUGGAAAAGAAAUGACUAAUCAGUUGCCCGCCGUUACUUCUGGGUCCACUGUCACAUUUGACAUUGAAGCUGUGACUCUAGGAUCCACCAAUAAUAACGAAGGCGGAAACUUCAAGCUUCGAGUAACUAUUAGCUCAAAUAACAGAGAAGUGGUUUUUGAUUGGUUACUUGAUCAAUCUUGUGGUUCUCUUUACUUUGGAUGCUCCUUUUUCUAUCCUGGAUGGAAAGUGUUGGUGUUCUAGAUAUUUGGGUGAUUGGCUUUGGUUUGCAGGGUUUUAAUGUAGCUGUCCUCAGUCCAGUUUAGUUGUAAUUGAUUAAAAAAAUAUAUUGUUAGAUUCAUCUCUCAGUUAAGCCAUUGGAAAUGGAAAUUGUUUACUGGAUUUAUUUUGGAAUAGUUUAGCAAUGAGACUUCAAUAUUAUGGAUAAGACCAUAUGCAGUCCGUUUUAUUUUUAGUAUAGGGUUACUUAAAAUACCACUAUAAAAAUCAAAUUGGCUUUUAAAAUGAGGAGAUACACAAAGCUCUAUACCUUUCCACUGUACUUCUUUUUAAAGUUGGUUAUUAAAACAGAAAAACUUAAUGUAACAUUAUUUUAUUAAGCCCCCAUUUUCUAAGGGUCCAAGCCAUGUAAGACUUCAGUAUACAACAGGAGUAGACCAGAUAGACCUAAGAGCUCUGUAAUAUACAUUCACUUGUGUGCUCUCCACAUGAGUGUUGAAUACGCUCUCCAUAUUCAGGUAUUUGUAAGCAGUAUUGAAUUUUAUUUCAUGUUCAGUAAUCUUUAAGUCCUAAAAGCAUAAUUUUUGCCUUUUUUGAAAUUACUGACAAAUGUCUACAAUAGGCAAAGUAUUUUUUGUUCUCUUGAAAUCCAAUUCACGAUAGGCUAGAGGA